AUGACGGAAAUAAAUCCUACAGGUUCAACUGUCGAAAGUAGCUCAUACAGUGUCAAAAAACAACUUACGGAAGCGACAAAUCGGAAGUAUAUGGAAGCAACAAAUCACUAA